AUGUCGGUUCGCGUCGUCGCCAGGCUGCGGCCUCUCCUGGCCCAGGAGCUGGAAAAGGACAUCAUUGUUCACACCGACAGCGUCGAGCCCGAGAAACCGCCGACCAUCGUCAAGAUUCCGAACCCGCGCAACGAGAGCGAGGAGUUUUCCUUCACCUUCAAUGGCGUCUACGGCUCAGAGACGACGCAGGAAACAUUGUUUACUUCUGAAGCAGUGGCGCCGCAUAUCAAGUCACUGUUUCAGGGUCUCGAUGUUACCAUCUUCGCGUAUGGUGUCACUGGCACGGGAAAGACGCACACGAUGCGAGGAGGGAUGAAACUGGCUGAGCGAGGCGUGAUUCCCCGGUUGCUCAGCGGUAUCUUCCGCAGAGGGAAGAAGAUUAUGAAGGACACGGAUGGAGAGACCACGGUAGAUGUGGCACUCUCAUACUAUGAAAUUUACAACGACAAGGUCUAUGACUUGAUGGAACCCCCCGAAAAACGAACGCCAACUGGGCUGCCCCUCCGCGCAGAGGCCAACGGCAAGACGGUCGUGGUGGGCUUGACAGAGCGAGCUUGUGAGGACCUCAAGGACUUUGAAACAUUGUAUAUCGAGGCCAACAACAACCGCGUAACAGCGGCUACAAAACUCAACGCUCACAGCAGUCGAAGCCACGCCAUUCUACGGGUCAAGCUAACGCAGACAACCGGUAACAUGGUUCGCGAAAGCACAGCAUCGGCCAUCGAUCUGGCUGGUUCGGAGGACAACCGCCGGACAGAUAACGGCAAAGAGCGGAUGGUGGAGUCGGCAGCCAUCAACAAGAGCCUGUUCGUACUCAGCCAGUGCAUUGACGCCAUUUCUCAAGGAGCCAAGAGGAUACCAUACCGAGAGUCCAAGAUGACCCGAAUUCUCUCACUAGGCCAGAACAAUGGCAUCACCGUCAUGAUCCUCAACCUAUCACCACUCCGAAACUACCACUUGGACACUCUUAGUAGUUUGAAUGUUAGCUCUCGAGCCAAGCGGAUUGAGGUUCGCGAGAUCGAGAACGAGGUCGUAUUCAAGCAGGUUCCUAGGACGAACUCAGUUACAACUACUCGGCAGCCAUUAAAACCCCUAGCCAAUGCCAUAAAUACUCAUAUUGCUGCCAAUGGAAGCGCAGCGGCGAAAACUACUGAGGCAGCCAAGCCGGUCAAGGCUUUCAGUGUAUAUACGGAUAAAGCGAAGCCUUCAGCCAUUGCGCGGCCCUCCCUUGGUUCUCAAAUCGCAAAACCCUCACAGCCUUCAGCGCCCCCAGCGCCGUCGAAGCCUCCGCCGGCGUCGCAACAAGCUAUUACCGUGACAGCAGCCGAAAUCGAGGCCUUGGUGGAGAAGAAGGUUAGUGAGAUUCUGGCAGCAAGGGAAGCAGCUGAGGAAUCUAUUCGGCGGACUCAGACUUCGCCCGAGGCGAGUGAUGCAGUCCAGAGGCGGCUGGAAGCUUUGGAACGACGAAUUGAGAACGAAGAGUGGAGAGAGGACGCCAAGUCCGAGGGCCUGCGGUGUCUGCUAGCAGCGAGGCACCACAAGGAGCGAGGCGAUGAUGCCGCUGCGCUCAAGGCUUACGAAACGGCUUUGCCAUACUUUCCGAACCAGCCCAAGCUCUUGGGCAAGAUUGAGCGCCUACGGGCACGGAUAGAAGCUUCAGGGAGCUCAGGGAGCACAUCCCCUGAGAGGAAGGAGAGGAAGAGGGAACGCAAGCCAAGACGCAAGACUGUCAGCGACGAAGAUGGCGACGAUGCUGAGGCAGAUGGGGAAGAGGAAUGCCAAGUUUCUACACCAAAGAUCAAGGCAACUAAGCUCAAGGCUAGAAGAGAGCCAAAGACUAUUCUUACGGAAGACGAUGAGGAAAUCACGCCACGUACACAGCGACUUCUCGACGUGGUCAACUCACGAGAUGCGAGCCAGAUCCGGGGGCUUGUAGGAUUCGGCGCGAAGAAGGCUCAAGACCUGGUAGACUACCUGGAGAUCGCGAACACCGAGGGCGGCGGCGAGAUUGAGAAUCUAUCUCAGCUGCGGACGAUUCCCGGCUUGGGUGGGCGAACCGUAGACCGCGCAUAUGAGGGAUUGGUAGCAAGGGCAUAA